UGAGGCUGUUUUACAAUGCAAAUAAGCUAGCUAGCUACCUAACGUUAGCUUAAUUGAUUACAGACGCUAACUGAGUUUAUGUAGCUAACGGUUAGUGGCUAAGCUAAUGUUAGUUGUAAAGAGGCAAUCUGUCUUUUGCUUCUCCAGUACUAAAGUAAUGUGUAUAUUCAGUGCGUUGUGCAUAGGCUAUUUCAUGCUCAUGGAAUAACUAUUUUGGGCGUGGAACUAUCUGUGGUUGAGACUUUAAAAUUACAGAGGCAGUUUGACUGUUUUUCACUUGUAUACCAGUACACGGAUUGGAGUUGCUGUUGGUGAUCAGGAUGAUUGACAUGCGGGCGUGGGCGGAGUACCUGGUGGAAUGGGCGGCCAAGGACCCGUACGGCUUUUUGACCACUGUCAUCCUGGCACUUACACCCCUCUUCAUCGCCAGCGCCCUGUUGUCGUGGAAACUGGCCAAGAUGAUUGAAGUGCGCGACCGUGAACAGAAGAAGAAGCAGAAACGUCAGGAGAAUAUCGCCAAGGCCAAGAGGACCAAGAAAGACUGAGCUGUGGAGGGAGAAAGAAUAGCUACAGUACACAGCUAUGCUCAACACUCUCUUCACUUGCAACACUGCUCGCCCUCGCCUCCUCAACCCAGUCCAGUGCAGGAAGGAUUGUAGGCCCUACAUGGUGGCCUUAGAGCUGAGAGGGAACUGUAUAGACAGAGGAGGCUCAUUUGAUUGGGCUAUCAGCGUGUAAACCGGGAUUCUGAUUAUGGUGGUGUUGCAGUACUUAGCAUUCCAUUUGUAACAACUCCAUUCCAAUGAUUUCAUAAACUACUUUGAUUGUUUAUCUCCAUUUAAAAUGACUUGUUACAUUUCUGAAUCACAUGCAUGUUUUUAUUAAAUUAAGUUCUAAAUAAAA